UGCCCAAUUAUUUGUAGAUUUCGUCAGUCCUGAUGUCCCACAGUUCACAAUGCUGGCUGUUCCGCGGAUAUUCACAAUUUUAACUCUGCUUCUAUGUGCAGAUGCAGGACCUCAGCAGAAUGUUGGCUGUGAUAUGGACUCUAUCAAGAUUAAAGGGGGCAGCUACAGCGUGAGCCACAGCCAUGUGGUGAAGUACACCUGCCCCCAGGGCAUGUAUCCCUACCCUGUGCAGAGCCAGAAGUGCAAUCGCCACGGGAGCUGGAGCCCCUUGAAGACACCGACAGGGGGCAAGGCCAGCGAGGUGGUCUGCAAGUGGAUCACCUGCCCAGACCCUUCCAGACUGGAGCACGGGUCAGUGGAGCCCAUGCUGGGGGAGUACCUUGUGGGGAACAGCACCUCCUACAGUUGCUUUGAGGGGUACCAGCUACAGGGGUCCCCCACUCGAAUCUGCCAGCCCAACGGGAAGUGGAGUGGAGAGAACCCCAUCUGUGACAACGGAUCGGAGUACUGUCCUAACCCUGGCACCCCACCCGGCUCCCGCAAGACAGGGAACAGAUUCGGGAUUGAUGACAAGGUGACCUACCGGUGCGACAGAGGCCUCUUCAUGUUCGGGUCUGCACAGCGAGUAUGCCAAGAGAACCAUGAGUGGACCGGCACCGAGCCAGCCUGCUACUACAAGAAUACCUACGACACGCCAGAGGAGGCUGCUAAAGGCUUCUCAACCUCCCUCAACGCUCUGCUUCACGUGGCAGAUCCAGACAAACCUCCUAGUGCAGGUGAGCACUGCCCCUCACCCAGGAAAGCAGAGCCGCUCACAGGGGUGUUCAUAUUCACAGUGCCGCCCCUCACCCCUGCUCCCCUAAUGUUGUCUUUUUUGAUUUGUAAGUGGAGUGUUCAAAGCUCUUAAUGUGGUUUAAAAAGA